AUGUUCGACUACGUUGCGCGCCAAUACCGCUGGUACAAGCUCGAGUUCGGGCUCACGAUGCUCAGCUGGUGGGAGGUGGCCAUCUUCAACAGCUUCCUGCUGCUCGUGACCAGCGUCACGGGCUACUACGUCUACAACACGGGCAACUACAUCGCGGGUCUCCUGCACUAA